AUGAGGCGUCGCGACGCGAAUAUCGUGGACUUAAGGGCAAAUUUUCGGCGUAUUCUGAAGAUGCCAGUUAAUCCUCUCUCGGAAAUAAAAAAAGGUGUCGAGAAAACUAAAUUUUCACUGUCACUUAAUAGAAAUAAUGCUACACAUCUAAGCAAAGAAAAUAUAGCUGCCAAUACGAAUAAGGAAAGCUCUUCACCAGGACCUAACGACGAUAAAGAGAAUAAACCUGUGAAAAGACCUCUAAAGAGCACUUAUCACAACACAUUGAAUGCAGCUAAGAAGUUAAGACCAUUGACUGAAGUAGCUAGAGCUAAAGAAAUAUUAACAGAAUCAGAGCUAGUUGUUUUGGAGCAGUCUCAAAGUAACACUGCCAUGUUGAAUGGCCAUCAUCCAGACAACCAGUAUGGAGGGAGCACCCAAUGGAAAACACCCAUUGCAACUCUCUCCAAUCUUGGAAACACCUGUUUUUUAAAUAGUGUUCUAUAUACUUUGAGAUAUGCCCCCCAAUUUGUUCAUAAUCUACAUCAUCUGGUUUCCGAUCUCAGCCGAGUGGAACAAAAAUUAGGCAGUAUUAGAUUGAAGAGCUCCUCUCUGGGUAGAAGUGCAGCAGGUCUUGCUUCAUCAGGAACCAGAUCAUGGAGUAGCAAGGAUCUUCUUUCAUUAGGACAGUCAGAUAAUAGCUCGGGAAAGAGUAAAAUACAAAUAGCAACAGAGAAACUUCACGAGACAUACCUAAGUCUUCGUGCGGCGGAAAGCAAAUGUAUCAACAGCGGGACCGAUGUGAGCCCCGAGCCGUAUGCGGCGGACGCCUUCCUUGCGGCUUUGAGAGAAGUCAACUCUACCUUUGAAGGUAACAGACAGCAAGAUGCGCACGAGCUACUGGUGUGCAUUCUCGACAGUAUCCGUGAGACGUGCCGAGCGCUGAGCGCGCGAGCCUCGCGCCUGCAGCUGCAGGAGAAUGGCGAUAGCAACGGGAUCGGUCGGCACGGGACGAACAUAGACAGCGACGGCGGCAAGACGCUCGGGCACCUGCGCAAGUCGUGGAAGAAGCGCAAGGAGGUGAAGGCAACCGACAAGCGCCACUCGCCGUCCGACGAGCGCGCGCCCUCGCCCGACCCGGAGCGCGACGAGCGCUCGCGUCCCGGCUGGGACUUUGUAGCUGAUGAUUUCGAAGGCACGAUGGUGGUACGCACGAUGUGCCUAGAAUGCGAGGCGGUGACGGAGAAGGCGCAGGCGGUGUGCGAGCUGUGCGUGCCGGUGGGCGACGACGACGCGCCCGACGAGCCCUUCCGCGCCGCCUGUCUCUCCAGCGAGUACUUGCGAGAUCAGAAUAAAUAUUGGUGUGAAAGAUGUCUCCGUUACAACGAGGCUAGGCGGAGUGUCGCCUACUCUCGACUGCCGCGGCUCCUCGUGCUACAGUUGAAGCGGUUCAGUGGCGGUAUGGAGAAGAUAACCCGACACGCGCCCACCCCCCUCCUCAUGCCAUGCUUCUGCGAGCCCUGCGCUAAGCGACCGCCGGAACAUCCGCCUACUCAUAGAUAUAUAUUAUGGGCGGUAAUAAUGCAUCUCGGGCAGACGCUCACCGGCGGCCAUUAUGUGGCGUACGCUCGAGACAGCUCGCACGAAACCAAGUGUGAGCGCGAAGGCGGCGGUGACAUCACCACCAACAGCGGAUCCAGCUUCAUGAGAACCCUGUUCAACAGACCCAGACCUUCCCCCUCCGGUUGUACUGCAAAUGAAUGCUGUGUACCCAGACCGAGGCCAGAAGCUUGUUGGCUCGCCUGCGAUGACGACCUCGUCAAACCUAUAUCGAAUGAAGAGUUUGAAGAUCUCCUAUCAGCAGAACCCAAGAUGAGAUCUGCUGCAACGCCGUAUCUAUUGUUUUAUGUCAAAAGCGAAGCCGGC